AUGCCCCUGGGACUCAAGAAGCUUCUGGAACACAAGGGGAUGAUGCACCGGAAGAUCCUACAUCUGCUGAUCCGGCCACCGGCACCUGCUGCUGGCGCAGCGAGUGGUCCAAAACCACCGUUAACGGUUCCGGAGUUACAGGCUAGGGGAGAUACCGCCAUUGAGAAUUUGAAUAACGCGAUCAGUCAAAACACCCCCGACAAAAACGCAGCCAACUUCAAAAAUGUUUACAAAGUGACCGAUGUUAAAGCCAUGAGAGCAGCGCCAGAUCUCGGUCCAAUUUUACGAGAUCCAGCAUUGUCCGGUGGGAGCAAGAACCCAAGGUCAGGCACCUAUACCGAAUACACUGUCAUCAAUAAAGUUGGAGGCGAUCCGAGAGACCCUAUCCUGGACUUGGAGGUCAGCGGUGACCAAGGCACCAUGAUUAACGAAGGCUACGCCAAUAAGGAUAACCUACCACAGGGCCAGAGAAUCCAUUGGUCCGAUCAAGCAUUCCAAGCAUGGAACCUGGAGGAAGGGAACCCUCGAUGGGAUUUGGUGAUACAACGCAACAUCCGGAACGAUGACACUAAUAAUGCCAUACAACAAUUCCAUACAGCGUCCAAACUCCGUAACAACCAGCCCGGCGUUUGGCUACCGGGAAGCGCCCAAUAUAAAGCUUUGAUGGGUACCGACAAUGGUCGUUCGGUAGCACGCAUGCUCCAAGAUCAUCAUCAGGCCUUUCGAAACGAGAGAGUUACCAAAAUUACCACUUACGCCACGGGUGGGUCCCGGACGAAGUCGCUCAUGAGCUUGCAAAUCGGUUAG